GAAAGGUGGAAAGCGGUUUAUUGGGAAACACUCAAGGAACUGUCACAGUGUGGAUUUUCGUUUCUCGCACAGAAUGUCAAAUCUAAACUGCAAGAAGUUUCAGUGAACGCACGGCGCAGUGGAUUUCUUUUGAUACGGAUAUCUAGCCGCAAAUAAGUGACAAGAUAAUGGGGAAUUAUGAUAGACAAAGAAAUACGCCGUGUGCAAGCUGCAUGCGCGCCCUGAAGUGGAUUCCUGUGCUGUUUAUCGUUUCCAUCAUUGUGUGGUCUUAUUACGCCUAUGUCGUUCAGCUGUGCAUCUUGUCGAUGGAUAAUAUAGCGUUGAAAGUGAUCUUCCUAAUACUGUACCAUGCGGUUUGCUUUCUCUUUUUCUGGUCGUACUGGCAGACCGUCUUCACCCCCAUUGGAACUGUUCCUACUAAGUGGCGAAUUCCAGAAAGUGAAAUCGAGAAACUGGGCCAAGCUGAGACACAAGAGCAACAGAAGCGAAUACUCGAGUUAUUCGCAAAAAACUUUCCAGUGAGCAAUAGAACAAUUAAUGGAGCGGUUCGUUUCUGUGAAAAAUGCCAAAUAAUAAAACCAGAUCGAGCUCAUCAUUGUAGUGUAUGUGGGACAUGUGUUCUGAAAAUGGAUCACCACUGUCCCUGGGUGAAUAACUGCGUUAACUUCUCGAACUAUAAAUAUUUUGUUUUAUUUCUGGGAUACGCUUUGAUUUAUUGCUUAUACGUAGCAGCGACAUCCUUACAAUAUUUCAUUAAAUUCUGGGAGGGUGAACUGAACGGAGGCAUGGGAAGGUUUCACAUUCUCUUUCUCUUUUUUGUGGCUGUGAUGUUUGCUAUUAGCUUAGUCAGUUUAUUUGGUUAUCACAUUUACCUAGUUUUACUUAACAGAACUACAUUAGAGGCCUUUAGAGCACCAAUUUUUCGCAUUGGUGGGCAGGACAAAAACGGAUACAAUUUAGGGCGGUAUAAUAAUUUCCAAGAAGUGUUCGGUGACAAUUGGAAGUUAUGGUUUUUGCCCGUCUAUACAAGUUUGGGUGAUGGAAUAAUCUAUCGAAUGAAUUCUCAGCAUCAGAGUACGUCGUAUGAGUCUAUGGGCGAUACUCCCAACACGCCGCCCUCAAGGUUAGAUGGGUCCAACGAUAAGUUUUUAAAUGAUUCUGUUAAUAAUAUUGUUAAUCAUAAUGUCGACGCUUCUAUUGUUGAAUUUGAAACUUUAACUAAUACACAUCCUGAUAAUGAUGCUAGCGUUGAAUCAAUUCGGCCUGCCAUAAAUGUUGUGUACACAUCUAGUAAUAGCAAAAAUUCCAUUGUAGUCAUCGAUGAAGAUGACGAUGAUGAUAGCACAAACCAACAACAUUCCGCUAGUAUUAUUAAAUUUUAAUACAUCGAAGAUUUCAAAUAUUAUUUUGCUUUACUCCGUUUAUCCUAGAUUUUAGUUAUUACUGUUACUUUUUUGUAAAAUUCUAUAGAUUUUAUGAGGGUAAUGUGAUGUGUGUUCGGCCGGAUUCCGGAAAAGCGGAUUGAAUUUUAUAGCUAGACAAUGUUGAUGGACCAGAUGAGCAGGAUCGUGAGGUCCUUUAAAUCUUGACAUCAUAACUAAUUAUAUUAGCGUGUUAGAGGGUGAUCUAUAAUUUUCUAUAUUUUUCGAUAUUUAUAUUAACGCUUGAUGACUAGUUAAUUGAAGUUUGUAACGUAGAGAGUGAAAUGACCAUUUCACAAAAAAUUUGGAUAUAAAAAUGAACUAUGAACACAGCAAAUCAUGCAUCAUAUUACCAGUUUUCUAAGCAUGCAUUAUAUGUGAACUGCAUUUGUUUUCAAACUAGUUAGUAGCCGUCAAUUAUUACGGAGCCGUAGCAAAUUGGUUUGUUACCAAAUUGGUAUGGAUGUGCUAAUGAUUUGUAUUUUAGAGUUUAUCAUUUUGGUGGUUCAUUUGACAUCUUUGUGUUGCUAUGUAUUUUGUUUGUUUUGAAAUUUCCACCGAACAAAAAGGAGGACGGAUAACAAACGCAUUAAUUACUUACGAGCAUUUAUUUUUUAUUUUUCUUGUUUAUCCAAAGCUCUAGCAUAAGCAAUAAAAAUAGAUUGUUUUGGAACGAGAAUUAAAUAAAGUCAAAAAGCUGCAAUUACAGAAGCGAAAACAAUUACUGAACAACAAAAUGUUUCUAACGAAACAAUAAUAAAUGUGAAAAAAAUAUUCGCAAGGUAAGAGACAGUGCACGUUUUAUUUAUAACGCAAUUGUCGAAUGUUUGUACCAGAAAUCAAAACAUGUUCAUAGUAUCGUAAGCAAUCCGCUAAUACAGUCGAAAAAAUAUUCAUCUGAUGUGUAGUCUCCAUUAUAUAAAUCGAUAUCUCACCACCUAUUACAUGUGCACUGAAUCAUAAUGUGAAUGUUGUCUUUUUGUAAGCAUGAUAUUAUGGCAGAAACCCUAAUAUCAAAGCAAAGGUGGAGAAGUGCAUAAUGCUUGUGUUCUGAGAAUCAGAUUCAAUAAAUGACAAAAACAAUUUUCAAUAGAAACUGCGUUAUAUAAUUCCCGGACGGCCAGUGAAUCGGGAAUUCGAUUUUUGCUACUUUUUAUACCAACAUAUUUAUUUAUUUAUAACUAAGAUUUGCACGUAGGAUAUGCUUAAAAUAAUCCUUCCUCUUCUUAAUUUUCUAUUGACUUUCGGAUUUAUUUCAAGAACAACGUGAAGCACUCAUUAUUCUUGGUGAAAACCUCCAUAUGUAAUUCUAUAUAUAUUUUAUCACCCAAAAAAGAAGUGAUCUAAUAAAUUCAAAAAGGUGAAAAACAAAUUGAUUUAAAUGACGACGUACGUACUUAGGAUCCUGUAUUUCGCUUUUAUUCUUCAAUUUUUUCUACAAUAAGCUCGGCAUGUAAAGUAACUAUUAUAACGAAUAUGAUUUGUA